AAUGUCUCUCAAUUAUGGCUUGCAGAGAGUAAACAUAAAACCACGCGUUGCAUCUUUCCAACACACGCACGCACACACACAGAGAGCGUGCCAGACAACAUAAUUUCGUUGGCAUAACUGAAAAACACCGGUUGAGGCAUUCAAUCGAAUACCAUUACAUGGAAAUAUGAAACACAGGCACACACACGUGCAUGACAUGAGAGCAGCAUUGCCAUGAAUGAGUGAGUAUGCGAGGCAGUGAGUGACUGAGUGAAUAAAGAGCGCGCAAUACUCUGGACAUCAUCACCUACCUAAACAAGUGGAAACUCUGAUUGAAGAACAGACUAAAGAACAGGAAAAAAAUACCAGUAGCAGCAACUGAACUACAUCAACAGCAUUCAGUAAUGGCGAGGUCCAAUGGACCAUUUCCUGACAGCUGCAUAAACAGUUUCAGCAUGACUGUCGCGAGGAUAACAAGUGGCGCGGAUAACUAAAAAAAAAAUAAAUAAAUUGAAACCGUGAGUGUGUGUGUGGAAAAAUAUGAAAUAAAAACACCAAACAAGAAAAAAAAAAUGAAAACAAAGGCAUAACAAUAAAAAAAAGAAAUAACAACAAAAUAAGAGAUUAAAACAGCAACAACUACAACUAUUGGCAACCAAACAAGCAAGAGGAAAUAACGCUUAACACCUACAUGGCUUGCAUUUGCGAGUAGCAUGUGAAAAAAAAAGGUAUAGUUAAGGAUGUGUGUGUGAGUGAGGGUGUAGAUGUGUGCCUGAGAGCAUACAAGUGUGGAAAAUAUAGUAGUUAAGCACACAUGAGUUUUCAUACAUACAUAUUUGAAUGUGUAUGUAUGUAUGUGGUUAUGUGUAAUUUGCGAAGUAAAUUCGCCAGAAAUAUGCGUACUUCAGAGAAAAAAUUCGAUAUUAGCAUUAACCAUAAAAUGAUGGGUAAUACCAGCAAUAACUACAACAAAAACAAACAUCAGCAGCAGUGGCAGUAGCAACAAAAACAUAUCCCGGGGACUUUAAACUUUAAACGAAACAAAUUGUGAGCAAACAGAAAAAUAGCUACCAACCAAAACUAAAAACAAAAAAAUAGUGAAAAAUUGCAACAAAUGAAGUGCAUUGAAUUGGAAAGAAAUAACAAAAUAAAAGCCCAAAAAGAAGUUAAAACACCAGAAAAACAGGGAUAAACGUAAACGAGGAAAAUGGCAAACUAGUAAACGAUGUAAUGAAAGGCAAACGCAUUAAGUAAAAUCAAUAACAUCUCUGUAGAAAAAAAAAAUAACAUCAACAACAACAAAAUGAAAACAAUUUACCAAUCGCAGUCAAACAAAAGAGAGAAAAAAAAACAGGAUAUCGAAGUAAAGUAAAAAUAAACAAUGAAAAACCAACAAACAGCAACAACAACCACCAUCCACGAAUGCAAAUGAAAAUUAAUGAAUGAAAAAAAUAGAUGGCUUGGUAAUAAAUCAACUCACGAUCAAUAUCCUUGAACAACAGCAAUAACAAAAGGGGGAACACAAUAGAAAUUGAAUAGCAUAUCAUCACAGGAAUCUGACAACUCAAACUUGUAUCUUAGACUUCAUAUCCGGUAAAUCAGGAUAAAAACGAAAGGACACACAGAAAUCAUGUGGAAUUUUCAGAGAAUCAUUUGUAUUUGGAUAUGUUGCGUGUCCUGUAUGUUUGGUAGCACACAAUUGUCAUCGCUGGUUCAAGCAGUUCCCUAUGAAUACUUUGAUGAUCAUGACCAAAGUUUUUAUGACUUGGAUACGGAACAGAUACAGGCGAAAUAUGAUACACGUUUGCUAUCACAGCAGAUGUUGAAAACUUCAGAUGCGGAGGAGCACCAAUCACUUGAAAGCAAAAAGGGUUCCUCGCCUUUUAGUGCGGUGGAUGGUUCGACAGCGAAUGAGGAACGUAUGGGUGGAGGAGGCGCUGGAGGUGCGUCUUUUGUUUUCGCUGGUAAACAACAUACCGAGAGCUCACUAACCGAUUCAGACAUUUUAACUAAAUUGAAAACUAAUGAUGCUAGCCAGAAUGGUAACAACAACAACAACAAUAGCAAUAACAACAAGGACACCACAAGGAUAGAUGAAACAACGCCUGCAAUUACGGAAAAACAAGAAAUCCAUUUGCCACGUGCGGCAUCCUGUUACACAAAUGGCCAAAAAUACACUCACGGCCAAAAGGUGCCACGUCUCGAUAGCUGUGAGGUCUGUUUGUGCAUGGAUGGUGAAAUAUUUUGCUGGUGGGAAAAAUGCGACAAGAAAGCGCAAACGAGCCAAACGCCACGAUAUGAUGACUAUUCCACACCAUAUGGGGAAUCUUCGACAGUGAGGAUACAGCCCAAUGAGAAGUCCACAAUUAGAACUACUCUCAGGCCAAUGAAGAAGCCGAAAAUUAACAAAACCUAUAAAUUUGGGCAAAACGACGGCGAGGAGGAUGAUGAUGAUGAUGAUGAGGAUAGUGUAGCUGCUGAUUAUGUCGGAGAUAAUGAAUAUGAUGACAGUACGUAUAGGUAUGGUAAAAGCCCCUACAAAAACCAUCACAGUAAACAGCAAAUGGCCAAAAAGAAACAUCGAGAAGAAAAAGAGGAGCAAAAACGCAAGGAAGCAUUAGAGCUUAAGGAAAAGCAAAUGAAAAUGAAAAAGGAAAAACUAAAGAAGCAGCAGCAGACACAACAGCAACAACAGCAGCAGCAGCAACAUAAAACCAACAACAACAACAAUAACGAUCACCACUAUCAUCAUCCAGAACAUCACACAUCUGGUGCCGGCUCCAGUAAAAUUCUUAAUUUUCCCGAAAAUCUGCCCUCCGUCCUGUACUACGACUACAAAACGGAAGAGCAUCAACAUCACCAACAUCAGCACCGGGAACAGCAUCUAAAGCAUCAGCAUGAAAAGGAGCUGAAACAUCGUCAACAUUCGGCCAAUAGUCAUCAUCAUGAAUAUGGAAGCAGCAGUAGUAGCAGUGGUGGUGGUGGUGGAGUCGGUGGUAGUGGCGGUCAAGAUUUUAAUAUGGACACGUCUGUGACAAUGCCAGCUGUUGCCACCUCACAACAACUAGUGGAGUCGUCAUCAUCGUCUGCCUAUGGCCGGAAUAAUGUUCGUGGCGACGACAAUGAUGGUGUCUUACACCGACAACAACACCAACAACCGCCAUCAUCUGCAAAAUUCCUGGGAAACGGAAAUGACAACAUUUACAAUGGGGAUUUACAAACGGAUAGUGACAUUUUGCCCGAACCUCCGACUAAAAAGCCCAAAUUAUCGUCUAUUGACACAGCAAACGAGGAGGCAUCAGCUGCAGAAACACCGCAUUCAACCACUCUGCCGUAUCGUUUGUCAACUCUCUCCGCCACAUCGGCGGGUUCAACGAAUAUCACAACACGACCGCUAAAGAAACAAAUGUUUUCACCUUGGGACUAUGGUAGACCCAAUGGAGAUAAAGUUAACAAAGGCAUUAACCAGAGGCAACACCAAGAACAGAAUAAAGAUUUUGUCUCGGCUGCUUCCGACAAUGGCAUCGACGUUGCUGAUGUCGAUCAAGAUGAUGCCUUUCAUCGUUGGUUGACAUCAACGGAGAAGAACAAGAAACCCAAUGGCGCCCAACUGGGUGAGAUGGGUGGUGCAUUCGAUGAUGAUUUCGAGGAGGAUGAUAAAAACUAUGAAAAUAUUGAUAUCGACAUCGAUGCAGCCUCGAUGCCAUUGCAGGCUGGUGGCAGCAGCACCACAAAAACUUUAACAUUUCCGCCAAAUGCAGCUGCUGGUGGCGAGGGUCUGGAGAACAAUGGGAAUCUAAACUAUGACAUAAAUUUCAAUAACAACAAUGGGCCAAAUGCUUUUUCAUCCGCAGGGAGUGUAGAUAACAGCAAUGGCAACAACAACAACAACAAAGAAAAUGAGAAUGACAACAUUUCGCCUUUCAGCAAUCCCUAUCGGAAUUACAAAGACAACAAUAACAAUGGUCCCUCCUUUUUGCAUGGGACUGGCAUUAAAAGUCAACAAGACAACAGCAACAGCAACAACUCAAACAAUAAUGAUGGUCGAUUGAGCUCCAAUGAGGAGCAGGGCAUCGGCGGUGUUGUAAAUAUUGAUAUAAUGUUAACGGCAACGGCUGAUAUAUCCUCCCAGCAGCAGCAACAUCAGCAGUUUCCAACUUCCGACCAUGAUAAACAAAACCAAACGGUCCAAAUGGAUUCGAAGCAAAAGUCACAUUUAAUUUCUAAUACAAAUGGCAAGGAUAACGAGCUAUUGUCCUCGCUUGUUUCCCAAACAAGAGCAGCAGCAGCAACAACAACAGUAACGAGAAAUGACAGUUUUGUUGAGGGUAAUAUGCCAACAUCAUUGGAGCAACAACAAAUUUUGGGUGGUGGUGAUGGCAACUUGUUAAUUUCAAACUCAAACAACAGCUCCACCAGCAUCGUCGGCAACAGCAACACAAACACCAAUGGCGCCGCCACCAUCACCACCACCACAACCACAGACAUCAACAGUAAUAAUACUACCAGCCAGAAUCAGGGCAAUAGUUUUAGCGCUAGUUCUAAGUUAAGCCAGUCAUUGGUGUCAAACUCGACAAGUUCUGCAGCCGAAUCGGCCUCAGCAGCAGCAGCAUCAGCAUCGUUGCCACCAUCAACACCGCCCCCAACAACGAGUACGACAUUAAGUCCAGAACGCCAAUGCAAUGUUAUGGGUACCCUUUAUAAAAUCGGUGAUGUGUUACCCCAGGAUACCGGCAAUUGUUUACAAUGCAUAUGCAUCGAUGGCUCGACCAUAGACGACACACCCCGAGUCACCUGCAGUCCACACAAUUGUCCGCCCUUGGUACUGCCGGACCUGUUCGAUGCAACGGGCUAUUAAAAUCGGUGUACUGUAGCAGAACUCACACUGGGCAAAUAUUACAUUGACUGUCGACGAGGAGAACGGAAAAAUAGUGAAAAAAAAAAACAAAAUGUCAUAUUCGUCAUCGACGACAACAUCGAUAUCAUCCUCACACACACUCAUACACACCUAGUCGUCACACCACCUACCCACUCACCUUCAAUGUUUGUAUAGCAAAAGUCGUUAAACCGCCAAAACGUAUCACCCAUUAACUCAGUCCCCCCUCAAGACAUUCCAAGCCAUCCCGGCAUGUCGUCCUUUUUAUAUCGCCAUCCACACCCCUUCAUCCCCAUGAAUACAGGAAUACCAUUGGGGGUUUUUUGAGUGGAAAACCCCUCACCCCUUAAUUCCAGCCAACCAAUAAGCAAAAAAAAAAAAAAACGCAAGAGAGAUGGAGUUUAGAGUAACCAAAUAUAUGCAUUCAAUAAUUGAUGUGUCUACGGAUUUAAAUAUGAAAUGAUUUUUACAUGUUGUUAUUCGAGAUUGAGUGUUUCAGAAUAAAUACAAGUUUUUUUUGCGUUUGUUUUGAAAUAAAACGUUAUCAAUGACAAAAGGAUAUAUAUAUAUACAGUAACAACAAAAAACACCCACACACACACAAAUAUAUACGUACAAUAUAUAAAACAAGCAUCAAUACAACAUAAAUGGUAAUGGAAAAAAAAGACAGAUAUGCAGAUGGUCAGUGAUUUUUUGAAUGAAAAAUUAUUAUAAAUAUUGCAGAGGUAAUGGAAAUUUUGAAAAUAAAAAAGAUUAAACAAACAAUAAAAAACUAUUUACUCAUACUUAUUGAGUAAUUUUGGUUUUCUGGGAUAUCCUUUGUUAUUCAUCUAAUUCAAAAUGAGGCAGGUCUCUUUUAUGAUCUCGAAAACCUUGCAAAAUCCACUUUGUAAAAUACUAUUUAGAAAAAAUUAUAUAUGCAUCCUUUAUUGAAUUGGGAGAUAAUAAUUAUAUUUUCUAAAAAAUAAAUAAAAGUAUCAGUCGGUAUUGCCCUCAGCCAAUGUUCGAUUCUUUAAAUAUAUUUUGGCUUCUGUUAUGAUUAUUCAAAAUGUUAGCCCUCUAUGGAGUAGGUACCGAGGGAGACAUAGAUAUUUUUUGGAAGUAUUCAAUUUUCAUAUUUCAUCUAAUACAGAUAAAAUUACUGGCACGGACAAAAUUAAAAGAGAAUCGGAUAUUUAUAUCCAAUUUCAUAUGAAAUCAUAAAUUCCAUAUUCAUCUCCGGUUUCUGGUUGAGUGAAAUAUUUAGAUAUAGCAAGUUGUAAAGAAUCACUGAUUUGUUUCGCAAGUUAUGACAGAUAAAAGUAUUGAAAAUUGUGACCCUUUGUGGGGGAGGUACCAGAAGGAAUGAACCGAUAUAUCCCAUCUUCACAGCAGAUCUUGUGUUGACAGAAAUAAUGGAGCGUGUGAAAUAUAAAGAGAACCGGAUGCAUAUCGCGGAUUUAAUGAUGGUUUAGGUUCUUAAGAAUUUUGACCCUUUUUGAGGUAGAUACCAGAAGGCGUGGGAAGAUAUAUUCCAUCUCCACACUAGACCAUCGGUUAAUAAAAAUAUUGUGAUGUGUGUAAUUUGAAGAAAAUCGGACGCUUUCAUACAUUAUGUAAGAGUUGUAAUUAUUGAAAAUGUAGAGUCAUUGUGGGGGAGAUACUUGAUGGAGUGAGCCGACGUUGUCCAUUUUCUCACCUGACCUAGCAAUAAUGCAAAUAUUACGAUUUUCAAAGUUGGGGCAAAAUAUCCUAUAUCUUUGGGAGCCUUAAAAUACUUCAGACACAAUUGUCCAAUGCAUUGGUAUCCGGAGAUUUUUGGGUGGCCAUUGUGCGCUGGAAAUGAAGCGAGGAACCUCAUUUUGUAACCAUUCUGUGGUGGCGUGUGCUGAGUGCGAUGGUGCUGAGUCUUGUUGGAAUGUCCGAAGUCUGCGGCCAAAAUGUUUGCGUGCCCAAGGCUUUAUUACACCCUUCAGAAUAUUUUGCCGAUAAUAUUCGGCAUUUAUUCUGAUGCCACGGUCGAUUAAUACGAGCGGAGAACGACCAUCGGCUGUUAUGGCAGCCCACACCAUCACCAUGGCUGGCGCUUAAGUUCUGGUGGCCAACCGAAGGUGCACAUUUUCUGCUGACCUCUUUGGUAAGUAAGCACGAUCAUUUUGUUUGUUUACAAAAUGCUGGACAACGAAUGUUUUCUCAUCGGAGAAAACCAAAUUCGUCAAUUUACCCCGUUCGGCCAAGCGAAGCAACUCUUUAACUCUUUUGAGUCUAUUUCCUUUCUGUUGUAAGUUUUUGCAUUUUUUGGAAUUCCAAAGGCUUUACCCCGACCUCAUUUUUCAAUAUUUGCCGAAUGGAAUAUUGCGAUAUGUUCAGCUCACGAGCCAUUGCUCGGCCACUGCGACGCGUGUUUCGAUCAAGUCGCUUCUUUACUUUUCGAUCCAUUUCUGCUGAUGUUGCUGUUUUCUUCCGUCCACUUCCUUGACGUCGGGCUACGCUACCAGUAUCACGGUAACGAGCGAUGGUACGAGACACAUAAGAUUUAUUAACAUUUAAAUGCUGGAGUUCCCUAACGAUAGCCACUUGUGGUUUUCCAGUCAAAUAUAAAGAAAUCACAUAAUCACGCUCACGAAUUCCAUCACGAAUUACCUUUUUUCUGUACAAUUCAGCCAGCCAGACCGACGGACGAACGGUGAGACAUCGCUGGAUCGACUCCAAAUGUCCUGAAACGGAUUUUUUUCAAAGGGACCUAGGGUCUGAAACCGUUAUUUCGAUGAGGCACUUUUUGGCCCUAUCGAAUGAUAUAUACCCUCUCUAGCCAUAUGGCUAAGGGAAUAAUAAGGAUGCAUUUAAAUUUUAAUAAAUUGAAAAUCUUCUUAAGUACUGAGGUGUCAUUGCAAUUAUUAUGUCAAAAUUGGAGAUUUCUGGCGGAACUAUAGCAAGGCAUAGGUAUCAUAAAACAGGGUCACCCCGAUUGAUUUUUAGAACACUUUUGAGAAUAUAAUAAUUAUAUUUCCUAAAAAAAAUAAUAAGAAUUUAAAUUAUAUAACGAUACAUAUAAAUCUCAAUAAAUUUUAAAUCUUCUUAAAUACUUAUGUCAAAAUGGAGAUUUGUAGAGAAACUAUAGCAUGGCAUACGUAACAUGGAUAUGGUCACCUCGACUGAUAUCUAGAACAUUUUGGACCUUAUUUGAGGUAUAUCCCGCAUUUCCAAACCUAUGAAAUAAGUAGUUAUUUUCUGGUCACAAGAAAUCUAUGAGUGAGUACUAAUAUAAAGAAUUUUAGUGGCAAUCUUAUUAAGCCGAAUUUAAGUGGCUAAAAAAUAAAUACAUAUAUCAUGGGGUUGGUUGGCAAUGUGUUGGUGACCAGAUUUUUGCUGAACACAAAUGGUUUAUUGUUCAGUAUACAAUUCAUUUAAUACUUAACCUCAAAAAUUUAUUGUAAGAGAUUUUUCUGUUCCAACACCUCUUCUUAUAUUCCUUUCCAAAUGUUUUAUUUUCGAUUCAAAAUCACUGUCCUUGGCAAAAUAGUUUUUAAUUUUUUUUUCUCAAUGCAUUAUAUGACAUGGCUAAAAUGUAAUAAAUGUCGAUAAUAAUUUGUUUAAGGUAUAAGUUUUUGGCAAUUCAAGUGGUUCAUGUUUUUGUUGUAUUUUUGAUAUUCUAGGCAAGCAUAAGCCACAGGCUUAAAUUGCAUUUAGAUUUUAUGAAUGAAUUUUGAAUUUAUUUAUUAAAGUUUUGAGCAAUUGUUGCAGAGAGAGACUUAUGUUUGGUUCAGUGGGCAUGAACAGAUAAAUAUAAGGUUUUAUAAAAUUAUGGUUAUGCUUAUAAAAAACAUUGAUUUACUAUGAAAUUCGAAUUAAAUGGUAUUGAGUGUUUAAUCGAUAUUUAAAUGUAAAAAAAACUAAUUUAGAAAGCUAAACAGUAGUAUUUAAUAAAUAAAUAUUUCGUUAAAGUAUUUUCUGUUAAAAAAAAAAUUCUAAAUUAUAUUUUGUAUGGAAUUUGUUGUAUUCGGCUUGAAGUGAAAAAUUUAAUCGAUUUAAGAAUAUGAACAAUAUGAACAUAUUGUAUUUCAAUCUAUUUCUCUUUAGUAAUUCCAUGAACAAUAGAAAAACUUUCUUCUCUCUGUAAGAGAAUAUGCUUUUUUUCUUCAAAAAAUUAAACCUUGGGAGACGGUAACACUAGGCUAUAUGAGAUAUAUGAGUAAAAUUGAAAAAAAAGAUAGGAAGAGCUGAUAGAUGUCACUCUCAGUAUAUGUUCAUAUAUAUAUAGCCCUGCGCCUCAAUUCUCGUUCAAUGAAAAUUUCAGAUGAAAGCGUUUAUUAUGGAAACAAAUGUCAAAUGAAAAAAUGUAUAAAGAAAAUAUUUUUCAUUUCAUGUUUUCAUAGAACAAGAAUCCAGUCCCUGGUGGGGAAGCUAACAUAAAGUAGUAGGAAAAGUAUCUGUCUGUGUACCCUCAGCUAUUGUCCCCUUUAUAUAAAUAUGUUUACACCCAACAUCACAUAGUGGUAAGGGUAUUAUGUAUUUGUAGGUUUGUUGGUAACAUGGAGAAACAAGGGAGAUAGACCCAUGAUUGCUUUUUAGGAUCCUGAUAGACUCACUUCCUGAGUAGAUUUAUGCCUGUCUAUCCGUCCGUCUGGCUAUGUACUUUUGUGAACGAAAAGCAGAUCGCAUUUGUUUGGCCCAAGGACGAAUCCUAUUGUAAAUGGUGAGAAUUGGUUGAAAUGUAGAUUUAAAUCCCAUAGAUCUUUAACCGGUUUCGGGUUAAUUUUGCACCAAAUGGCCAAUAUCAGUUCAAAUGACCUGAAUUAUUUUGGGCUCAUUCGACCUAAUUCAGUCUAGAAGCAAGUUUGAUGCACUUGGUGAAAAUCCGUGAUCGGAUGAAACAUAUAUAUAAGAGCUAUAGUUAUCUCUUAUAUAU